CGCGGCAGAGAAACAGAAGACAACACGGUGUACCGCGACCGCACCAGCGCGUGGGACAGCGGAAAUACAACCGGCCGACAGUCUGCUGACGUGAAUUCCCACCCAUCCUCUCGCCACAAGCUCAAGAAGAAGAGCUUUAGCUGCGUACUGCUGAGGCUGCCCAGAGCAGGAGCAGCAGGAAAGAGCUGCGUUUUUCCGAGAAAGGAUCAAGAGACGGCUGAACAUCCCUCAGGAUGAAGAAAAGCAGGAGUACACAGGGGGUUACACCAGGAGAUGAGAAUAAGGAGCCUCCCACAGCACAGUUCCCCGCAGGCAGCACGCUUGGCGUCGAGGUGUGCAAAGUCCACAGGCGGUUCUCUGGCAACCUGCAGCUGCCGCCGUUGUCAUGGCGACAGGCGGAAAAGGAGAGGGACAGGGGCAGGUCGCUAACUCCUGAAGAAGAUCCAGUGACCCGAACCAGACCCACGAGUCUGCCCAUUGUCUCUCUGCCCCGCAUCGACAUCACACAGGCUGACCCUGACAGCUUUGAAGGGGAAAAUGGUCCAUCGUUGUGCUGCAGUCCUUCAGACCUGCAGGCCUCCCCAGGUUCGGGUCUGGUUCUACAUCCCAACCUGGCGAGCCACGGCCAGCGCCGGGAGUCUUUCCUGUACCGCUCUGAUAGUGACUACGAGCUAUCGCCGAAGUCCUUGUCUCGAAACUCUUCCAUCGUUGGAGAACUGCACGGAGAGGACUUGAUUGUGACUCCAUUUGCUCAGGUUCUAGCCAGCCUUCGGACCGUCAGGAACAACUUCACCACCUUGACAAACGUACAGUGUACAUCCAAUAAGAGGUCGCCUGCUGCAAAUCAGCCUUCUGUCACCAAAGUCUGUCUGUCAGAUGAGUCCUACCAGAAGCUGGCUAUGGAGACCAUGGAGGAGCUGGACUGGUGUCUGGACCAGUUGGAGACCAUCCAGACCUACCGCUCUGUCAGCGACAUGGCCUCCAAUAAGUUCAAGAGGAUGCUGAACCGGGAGCUAAGCCACCUGUCUGAGAUGAGUCGCUCAGGCAACCAAGUGUCAGAGUACAUCUCCAACACCUUCCUUGACAAGCAGAAUGAGUUGGAGCUUCCGUGUCCUGUUCCCAAGUCGAGGGAAAGGAAGAGGAGGCAGGGCCAGCAGCAGCAACAGCAGCAGCAGCAGCAGGGUGGGAUGAUGACUCAGAUCAGCGGGGUGAGGAAGGUCAGCCACACGCCCAGCAUCUCUGGAAGCUCCAGCAAUCGUUUCGGGGUCAAGACGGACCAGGAGGAGCUGCUGUCAAAGGACCUGGAAGACAUCAACAAAUGGGGCCUGAAUAUCUUCAAGGUGGCGGAGCACUCCCACAACAGACCGCUCACGUGCAUCAUGUACACCAUCUUCCAGGAGCGAGACCUCAUGAGGACGUUCAAGAUUCCAACAGACACCUUUGUGACGUUCAUGCUGACCUUGGAGGGCCACUAUCACUCCGACGUGGCCUACCACAACAGCCUACACGCUGCUGACGUGGCCCAGUCAACACACAUCCUCCUGUCAACCCCUGCACUUGAUGCGGUCUUCACAGAUCUGGAGAUCUUGGCAGCCAUUUUUGCCGCAGCCAUUCACGACGUGGACCACCCAGGAGUGUCCAACCAGUUCCUCAUCAACACCAACUCUGAGCUGGCUCUGAUGUACAACGAUGAGUCAGUGCUGGAGAACCACCACCUGGCCGUGGGCUUCAAACUGCUGCAGGAGGACAACUGCGACAUCUUCCAAAACCUAACCAAGAAGCAGAGGCAGACGCUCCGGAGGAUGGUCAUCGACAUGGUAUUGGCGACUGACAUGUCGAAACACAUGAGCCUGCUGGCUAACCUGAAGACGAUGGUGGAAACCAAGAAAGUGACCAGCUCUGGAGUCCUGCUGCUGGACAACUACACAGACAGGAUGCAGGUUUUGCGUAACAUGGUUCAUUGUGCCGACCUGAGCAACCCGACCAAACCUCUGGAUCUGUACCGCCAGUGGACAGACAGGAUCAUGGACGAGUUCUUCCACCAGGGAGACAGAGAGAGGGAGAGGGGGAUGGAGAUCAGUCCGAUGUGCGACAAACACACAGCUUCAGUGGAGAGAACACAGGUUGGCUUCAUCGACUACAUUGUCCACCCUCUGUGGGAGACGUGGGCCGAUUUAGUCCACCCUGACGCCCAGGACAUCCUGGACACUCUGGAGGACAACAGGAACUGGUACCAGAGCAUGAUCCCCCAGAGUCCCUCCCCUCCUUUCUACACCAGCGACGGGGAGGGCGGCCCACAUGGGGAGGUGGAAGGUGGACCUGUGGCGAGUAAAUUUCAGUUUGAACUGACGCUGGAUGACCAGGGUGGCGACAGGGAGAGCACAAUAAUGGAGACUGCUGACGGCGUAAUACUCCAAGACCAUCCCUCUGAUCAGGACGGGGUUGAAAUGGCAACACGCGACGUCUCCCCGGCAGAAACAUAGCCGAAUUGAUGGUGACUUUAGCGUGCGGCAAGUUUUGCUGUUUUGGCAGAAAUCAUUUAAUUGCAGUAGAGCAAUCCUGCAAUCUGGCUCUUUGGAGCUGCCUGGCAAAGAGGGCCUGACUGAAUGUGGGGCACCCCUGCAAACGAGGUUAGGAAACCCUGUGGCAGUUUGUUUUUGAGCCCCCCUAGAAGGGAGCUGGACGAGGUCUGUUCUUUAAAGGACUGUCAGACUGCAGGGGCAGGGCUGAACCUCACAGACAAAGACGGUGAAGUGGACUUUAUGUAUCGGUGUACUGGGACUAGUAAAAAUUCCAAACUUGCACUUCAGGACGUUUUUUAUGUUCAUUACGAUUCUUUGUAUUGUGUCGGGACUGGAUGCCACCUGGUGAAGCGUCCAACCAAAAACUACUGGUCAGCAAGUCAUUUGUACCCAAGUAGUUUUUUCUAACACUUGUCUAAAAAAAAUAAGUUGUGUGCCUUUUUUUAACAACCGUGUCUUUUUGUAAGUGUUUUUAUAAUUUAUUGAACACAUUCAUGUAGCUGUAAAAUGUGUCAGAUUUUCUACAAAGAGGACACAUUUGUCUCACACGGUCUUCCUAAUGUUCUGGCAAUAGUAUAAGCUCGUUCUCACAAAAAGCGUUCAGUGGAUGUAUUUCUAAAAUCAGACGACUUCCCAGCACAAUUUGCACUUUGUGGCAUAGAGCAGAGAGCGUGGAAAACAUCAGUAAUUUACAUUAUAGUCAACAUGUAAAACCAAAAUAAUUAGAUUUCUUUCAACUGUUUUUCUUCCAAUAAUUCAUUUCACAAGCAAUUAAAUAUCUCAUUGAUCAAAUUCCUUGAAUAAGACUCCAAAGAUCCUGGAAAAAAAAAUCACUUUGAUGAUUUCACUGCCACCUCUAAAGAGUGUGAUCCCAUGCUUGAAGAAUCACUAGUGUAAUUAAAUAAACUUCCAAUCAGACGCAGAUUGAUCCCUGAUGUUGUUGUGUAGCUGGAUGAGGAGUUCAGGCAAAUUAAAUUAUUAAUUAAAUUUCACCAAAUAUAUCCAAGAUAAAGGUUAGAAAUCUCCCGUCUAUCCCUGUAUGGAAAUCUAUUUCCACCGUGUCAUCCCUGUUUCAUCAGCUCGCACACAUACCCGUUGUGUUCAACAACAUUGUCGUGAACAGGCUUUAGACUCAUUUUGAACUUUGAAUGACUGUAAGACUGUGUGCACAUUUUAAAAAACAGACACCUGAUAGUAAUAGAAUAAUUGUAUCACAUAGUUUUUAUUCCAGCACUUUGAAUAUGUCGACAGUUCUGCAGCUGGUUGCUGAUCUGUCCAACACUACCUUAAAGGUACCACAUUGUAAGGUGCAACCUUCAGAAUAAAGGGUGGAGGGGGCGAUGUCGCGUCAUGACACGAUAUCUCCCACAUGUGUAUGUGUGUGUGUGUGUGUGUGUGUGUGUGUGCAUGUGAGCGUGUAUGCAAGUGGUCACAGAGUUGCACAAUCUCGUUGCACCCAGCUGUGUUGUGCCGACCCCUCAGCUGUUUGUAACAGUGUAUUUAUUAUCUUUCUCCUUGUAUCUGAUGAUAUUGUUAUUGAUUGUUAAUAUUCCCUGUAUAUUUGUUAUUAUUUAUAUGCACUACCACGUGUCAAAUCACAGUUUGACUGAACUUGUCUGGUGGUUCUGUUUUAUUGUAUUGAAGCAAGCUGUUUUGCUAUAAGACCGUAACAUGAAGUUAUGCAGCUCAAUUUUGACAAUUUGAAAUGUUUGUUUUGAAAAAUCCCGCUAGACACGUUUGUACAGUCUGAACCAACGACGCCUCACGUGAGGCGCAGAAGAAGUCUGGCUUUUGUUCCUGGCGGAUUAUGAAGGCUGGAUAUUUACUGCAGUAUAUUGUGUACGGUGACGGGUCAUUGUACAGCUAAAGGAAUAUUUGCUGAAAUAUAUAACAUUGUUUCAAAUAUAUUUUUUCAGUGUUUUCCUCACAAUAUAUGGUAAAAUGGUGUAAGUUGUGCUCAACAAAUGUUUUCUAUCAAAUUAUUAAAAUGGGCAUGUAUUACAGAA